CAUUCAGAAAACAUCAGAGAGCAUUGAAAGAAUAAAUAUGGGAAAAUCAACCCUCAUGCUUCUAUGGCUGUUUCUUACUCUCGGAUCAGUUGCAGCCCAAGCAGAUAAGGUAGAACGAGCUUUGCCCAACUGGCUCAUGGGAAUCAUCUCUGUCGUGGUCUUCCUCUGUGUCGUCUUCAUCACCUUCCUUGUAAACAAAGUCUGGUGCAACACAAGCAAACCAGAAGAUGUGUUUUCCAACGAAUACACCAUGACCAAUGGAUCACCAUCCUAUGAAACUAGUCUCGACGCUGUCAGGUAUAUACACCUGCACUAUUGUCUAAAUCAGAGGUUCUCAAACUGGGGGCCAUCAUUUCUAAACAUGUCUUUUCAAACAGCAAUUGUGGAUCUUGUUUUCAGAAGCGGUGAUGACCUCAACGCGUACGAGAACGUGAUCGCUCAACAGACGGAUGAAAAAGUAACUGCGAUGUAACUGAAGGAAUAUCUCCAGUCACACACUGCUGAUUCAACAACAUAUUAACCCUGUUUUCUUCUGUAACCCCUUGAAUCAUCAUUUUAUAUGUCGACGCAGCUCAUCUCGCGCCAAAGGUUAACCGUGUUUGUGUCGAAUCAACUUUAUACGUUCUAUAGCAGUACUGCAGGUCUGUCAGCAAUGCUAAAUGUAAAUAAUAAAAUGCAAUGGACCAUAUAAUAGUACAGGGAUGGCAAAACAAAUAAGCUUAUCGACUUAUAAAAGGAGAGAGAAAAUGCUUCCUGUAUCUCUAGUUGUUCAUUCAAACUUUUAUGGCACGGAUUCAUCUGUUGCUUGGUAGAAUGACUAAUACCAAUACAACUUUGAUGCGUUUUUCUCUCAAUAUGUCAGGUUGUUAAACCCCAUUUCUGCAUUUGCAUAGUUGUCAAUUUCUUUAAUGUCAUGUUAAUGUUUGAAUUUAGAUCAUUUUUGUUAUUUUGUCUUAGACACAAUUUUGAUACUGUACUGGUUUACUGUUUUAUAUAAAAGAUGACGCCAAAAUCUGAUGCAAAACCAGUUGAGGACCACUGGUUGGGACUAUUAAUCACAAAUAUUUAUAACCCAAUGCAUUUGUGAACAUCCAAACAAUAUCAAAAAUGCUGUAUUUUAUAACUUUAUUUGUUGUGUAACUCACUUUUCAAUUUUGUGAAUCAAUACAAGCUAAUGAGCU